GAUGUUUCCGUCGCUAGUGAAUGACGACAGGAAGUCGCAUGGUUGCAUAAUUCGGGCAACAUGGCUGCACCCGUUCGACUUCUGCUUCGCCGGGUGAUCCGUCUUUCUCACAGAUGUAACAACGUUACCGCUGCUGGAGUUUCAGCACGGUCCCGUUGCUGUUGGGGACCGUCGACCUGUCGUUGUUUUAGCGAUGUAGCCGGAGACAGAAGCACACAUUUUGGGUUUGAAACGGUGCCAGAGACAGAGAAGGCGGAGAGAGUGUAUAAGGUGUUUAAGAAUGUGGCACAGAAGUAUGAUACUAUGAACGAUGUCAUGAGUCUGGGGAUUCAUCGACUGUGGAAGGACAUGCUGCUGCACGUCAUGCACCCACAGCCCGGGGCGCGGCUACUGGACGUGGCAGGUGGAACAGGUGACAUUUCCUUCCGUUUCCUGGAGUACGUUCAUUCUCAGCAAGAACGGCAGAAGCGGCGGAUGGCACGAUCCGUGCAGACGCCAUCUUCACAGGACAUUUCCAACGACUACUCCGCAGAGCACGAGGACACGCCCCAGGAAUCCAGGGCUGUGGUCUGUGACAUCAACAAGGAGAUGCUGAACGUGGGCAGGACGAGAGCCGACAGCAUGGGCAUCAGUGCUGGUCUGUCGUGGGUGGUGGGAAAUGCAGAGGAGCUGCCCUUUGAUGAUGACCAGUUUGAUAUCUACACUAUCGCCUUCGGCAUUCGAAACGUCACCCAUAUAGAUCAGGCACUGCAGGAGGCUCUGCGGGUCCUAAAGCCUGGUGGCAGGUUCAUGUGCUUAGAGUUCAGCAAAGUGACAAAUCCUGUAUUGGCAAGGAUGUAUGACACCUAUAGUUUUCAGAUGAUCCCAGUUUUGGGAGAGGUGAUUGCUGGAGACUGGAAGUCGUACCAGUAUCUGGUAGAAAGCAUCCGCAAAUUCCCGGAACAGGAGGAGUUUAAACAUAUGAUCGAGGAUGCAGGUUUCUACUGUGUGAAGUACCACAACUUCACCGGUGGGGUUGUGGCUCUUCAUUCAGGUUUCAAGCUGUGAGAUGCACUCUUGACACCUGUAAGGGAAAAUAAAAUGCAAAAAGACGGGCACUGUGUUUUAGGCUUUUCUGCCUGUAGAACAAACGGUCUGCGAAGUUCUCAUACAUGAAUUUCAGAGCAUUCAUUCCCAGAGCUCCUGUUUGCAGAUGUCGCUGGACAAUGACAGAAUAUCAGCUCAGUGGACAUAUGUAUUAAUAUGUAUUAAUUUAUUAUUUACUGCCGAUGGUCUCGGUUCAAUUAAACUUCAGUUAUGACCAAUGUUGGUGUAAUGAAUGCCUCACUGAAAAACAAAAUGUCACAAAAUCGGGAGUAUCAGUGUUCUGACUACUGGCAAGUGAAUUAAACCAUGGAAUUGCAGUUAGUUUUGAAUAGUUUUUAUCAUAUUUAUGAAAACAAAUAAAUGUGAUUUUAGUUUCUGAAUGGAUUAUUCUUACAGCUACGAAAGGCAAACCAAUUAUCCUACUAACUCUUAGAAAGCAUAACAUAAAUCUCAAUGCAGAUAAUAGAAAUGAGGACACCACAACAUGACUUUACUUGAAUAAAACUGUAUAUUUUACAGAUCUUUGUACACUUUAAUUACAAAACUGUAUGGUACUAAAGUUUUAAAAUCAGUUUUUUGGUCAGAGAAGAUUUAAUAUUCUUGUGUGCAAUUACCAUGUAUAUACAAAGUCUCAUGUUAGUGAUUUUUCUCAAAAUAAAAAGCAACCAAAUAACUCAAACGUUCAUACACUCUGAACAUAAGACAUGGCUUAAAGAUAAAUAUAUUAGUAAAUAAAUAUUCAGAGAACAUAUUUCCAUUUAUGAAAUGUGUUUGCUAUACAGGUACAGAAAUAUACACGGAUUGAUUUCUAGCCUUUUUAAAACAUUUGUAAUGGUAAUGACAGAAAAUAAUUAUAUUCUUAAAAAAUAUUAAUUUUUGUACACAUUUUAAUCUUCUUAAGUGCUAGAAACAAUGACAAAAAAAUUAAAUAGUGACUCAAGUACCCCAAAAUGUUAUAUUUGCAGUAGGUACAUAUCUCUAUGCAAAAGGCAAGUUUAGAUUCUCACUUGAUUACAGCACUGGGUUAACCUAUAAAUAGGGUUAUUUCAGAAAGUUUUCCUCUGUAGAGAAUGUGUAUAUUUCAUAGAAACAGUAUAAAAACAGUCUGCAGGACAAACAGAAAGGCAUGAAUGACAAACGUUGAUAUCGCGAGUAUGUAUUAUGCAUGGCACGAUAUGAUUAAAAUGGAUACACUGUGGUAUGUAUAACUGCAUCAUUUAAA